AUGGAAGCACUUAAUGGUACCGAAUUGGAAGGUGUCCCCAUUGACAUUUCGCUCGCAAAACCUCAAGGCGAUAAGAAAAAGAUGGUACGAGGAGGACGUGGACGUGCUGCUACGGCUACUUUUCCAGCAACACGUGGUGGUUUUGAUUUCGCUUUUCCCACUCGUGGAGUGCGUGGUUCACGUGCUGUGCCUGGUUUUGGACGUGGUUACGGUGGACCAAUGGAUUUUGGCUACGGCGCUUUUGAUCCGUAUGGUAAUGCUUACUGUGAAAAUUUGGGGGCCAGUUUUUAG